AUGAAAGGCUCGGCUGCAGAUUUAGAGAUGCUGAAGCUUAGAUCGAGAGCAACAGAGCUCCUUCUGAAAGAGGACUGGAACGAAUACAUCAAUCUCUACUCCCGCUUCAUCUCCCGCUGCCAUUUCCCCCAAACUUCACCAAACGACGACGACGACGACUCCACUAAUCUCCGGCGAACUCUCUGCUCCGCGCUCUCCAACCGCGCCGAAGGCUACUCCAAGCUACGAGACCUCAGCGCAGCGCUAAUUGACUGCGACCGCGCGCUCAAGCUUAAUCCUUUCCAUCUUAAGGCCCUCGUUUGCAAAGGGAAGGUCCUCCUUGACCUCCAUUGUUACUCACAGGCUUUUGAAUGCUUCCAUCGUGCCAAGGCCCUUGCUUCAACUGACAGUGCCAUCUCCCAGCUCUUAAAACGGUCGCAGAAGCUCGAUUCCCAGUCUAAGACGGGCUUUAUCGAUCUUUCAGAUUGGGUUCUUAACGAAUUCAACGGCACAUGCCCCGAGCUCGCCGAGUUCGUCGGCAAUGUCGAGAUACGCCGGUCGGAGGCCUGCGGCGGAAGAGGGCUUUUCGCCACAAGGAACAUCGAGGCCGGUACGCCGCUCGUUAUAACGAAAGCUGUCGUCUUGGGAAGAGGAAUUAUGCCAAAAGCCGCUGGUGAUGAAACUGCUCGCUUGGUAAUGUGGAAGGACUUCGUCGAUAAAAUCCUUGACGCCGUAAAAAAAUGCAACAAAACGCGCGCCCUGCUCUAUACAUUAUCUACAGGAGAUGUUGAAGGCAGCGAUCUCACAGUCCCAAAAAUCGAACUUUUUAAGCCGGAAUGCGCUGCGGAUACAAAAAGAUUUGAGCUUGAUGUGGAGAGAAUUCUCAAAGUGUUGGACGUGAACUGCCUGACUGAAGAAUCGGUAUCAGCUAAGGUAAUGGGCAAGAAGAAGGGAUGCUGCGGCGUGGGGCUUUGGUUUUUGCCGUCGUUUGUGAACCAUUCUUGCUGCCCAAAUGCUCGGCGGCUUCAUGUCGGUGACAGUAUGGUUCUGUACGCCUCAAGGGAUGUGAAGGAAGGGGAAGAGAUCACCUUUGCUUACUUCGAUGUCCUGUGGCCUUUGCAUGAGCGCAGGGAGAUGGCGAAGAGAUGGGGAUUUCUCUGUAGCUGCAAAAGAUGCAGUUUUGAAGAGGAGAAGGAGUUGGAGUUGGGAGAGCUAAAUGGAAUGGACGGAGUGGAAGAUAAAGUGAGUAAGUGGGGCUUAAAUGGAAAGGAGAAGGGGUACCUAAGGGCUUCGUUUUGGAUGGGUUAUUGCAAUGAGUGGGAGAAGUUGAAAAGGAGGAGAGUGGAAAGGAGGAUUACAGAGGAGAUUGCGGUGGCUGGUAGCAUUUUUGAUGCAGUGGGAGGAGAUGAAAGGGUUCUGAGAACUUUGUUGAAAAGGAUGAAGAAUGGCAGCGGGUUUGGUCAUGGAGUUGAAACGGAGGAAAUGGAGAAGUUGAUGAGGAUGGCCAGAGGGGUUUAUGGGAGGGUCAUGAAAAGACGAGCCAUGAAAGCUUUCUUUGAGCUUGAAUUGUCCAGCACAACCUCAUGA